GCCAGCAGGGAUCCGAACGCAUGCGUUGUCGUCGUGAAGCUGCGCCCAAACCGCGCAAGCGCUCAUCACGGAACGUUCAAGAGGCCCACGAAAACCAGUGCUCAAGUUUUACAGCGAAGAGAGCGCGUGAAAAGCGCUAAAAAACAAGCGCAGCUAGCAAAACCGUAGCAAACAUGCCGUCGACGGCAUUAGGCAGAGGCCUCUUAGGCUUAUUUAACUCCACGUUCACGGCACCGGCCGCGGUACAGCCGAAAAUCAGUUCGGACAGCAGCGUCGCGAGCGACGCGUCGACGUCGUCGACGCGGUCGUUCUCGGAGCACAUGGCGUACGCGUAUCAGAACGGCGCCGAUCCCGCUUUCAAGGAUCUGGUUCGCUCCAUAUCCAACCUGUCCGACGACGGGUACUAGAG